GCGGAGCGGGCGUCUCGGCCUCCGCGCCAACUCGGAGAACCGGCGGCGCGACCCCCGUCCGGUCCGCUCGGCCCGCGCCCCACCGUGCGCGCGCAGCCGUGUGGCGGGAGGGCGCUACUUUCCCCCGGUCCCGGGCAGGACGGGGACGGCAGCGGGACAACUUGGAAAACUUCUCCGGUGCGAGCGGCAGGGACGCCGGGCGCUGGUGGAAGAGGAUGUAGAAGGGCGGUGGCCGGCCCCGGGUGUCCCCCGACCUCCUAGGUCUGGUUCGGCCAGGCCAUGGGGCUCCAGCGCCUUCGGCGCCGCCAGGGGGGCGACCCCCUCGUCUAGCCGAGCCAGGGCAGCGCUCUCGCCCGCGGUGCGCGCGCUGGGCGGCGGGCGCUCCCUCUGUCUGCGUCCGGCCCUGCCAUGGACCACCAGGAGCCCUACUCGGUGCAGGCCACAGCGGCCAUCGCAGCAGCCAUCACCUUCCUCAUCCUCUUCACCAUCUUCGGCAAUGCGCUGGUCAUCCUGGCUGUGUUGACCAGCCGCUCGCUGCGCGCCCCGCAAAACCUGUUCCUGGUGUCGCUGGCUGCCGCCGACAUCCUGGUGGCCACGCUCAUCAUCCCUUUCUCGCUGGCCAACGAGCUGCUGGGCUACUGGUACUUCCGGCGCACAUGGUGCGAGGUGUACCUGGCGCUCGACGUGCUCUUUUGUACCUCGUCCAUCGUGCACCUGUGCGCCAUCAGCCUGGACCGCUACUGGGCCGUGAGCCGCGCACUGGAGUACAACUCCAAGCGCACCCCGCGCCGCAUCAAGUGCAUCAUCCUCACCGUGUGGCUCAUCGCAGCUGCCAUCUCGUUGCCGCCCCUCAUCUACAAGGGCGAUCAGGGCCCCCAGCCCCGCGGGCGCCCCCAGUGCAAACUCAACCAAGAGGCAUGGUACAUCCUGUCCUCCAGCAUCGGAUCUUUCUUUGCUCCCUGCCUCAUCAUGAUCCUUGUCUACCUGCGCAUCUACCUGAUCGCCAAACGCAGCCACCGCAGAGGUCCUAGGGCCAAGGGGGGACCUGGGAAGGGUGAGUCCAAGCAGCCCCGACCGGUCCCUGGCGGGGCUUUGGCCUCAGCCACGCUGCCAACCCGGGCCUCUACUCUGGCUUCUGCGGGAGAGGCCAAGGGACACUCCAAGACCACUGGGGAGAAGGAGGAGGGGGAGACCCCUGAAGAUGCCGGGAGCCAGCCCUUGCCGCGUAGCUGGGCUGCCCUUUCCAACUCAGGCCAGGGCCAGAAGGAGGGUGUUUGUGGGGCAUCUCCAGAGGAGGAAGCUGAUGAAGAGGAGGAGGAGGAGGAAGAGUGUGAGCCUAAGGCAGUGCCAGUGUCUCCUGCCUCAGUUUGUAGCCCGCCACUGCAGCAGCCACAGGGCUCCCGGGUGCUGGCCACACUACGUGGACAGGUGCUCCUGGGCAGGGCCGUGGGUGCUGUGGGUGGGCAGUGGUGGCGUCGACGGGCACAGCUGACCCGGGAGAAACGGUUCACCUUCGUGCUGGCCGUGGUCAUCGGUGUCUUUGUCCUCUGCUGGUUCCCCUUCUUCUUCAGCUACAGUCUGGGUGCCAUCUGCCCGAAGCACUGCAAGGUGCCCCACGGCCUCUUCCAGUUCUUCUUCUGGAUUGGCUACUGCAACAGCUCGCUGAACCCUGUCAUCUAUACCAUCUUCAACCAGGACUUUCGCCGUGCCUUCCGAAGGAUCCUUUGUCGCCACUGGACCCAGACAGCCUGGUGAGCCCACCUGCUGCUGCCUGUGUGAGAGCAGGAAGCCAGCCUUCCACUUUCCCCAGAGGGCCUGCUGCUGAGGAGGAGGAAGAAAUGAAGACUGUUCAGCCACGUUGGGCAGUCGUGGUCCCCAUCAGACACUGGGAUGGGGGGUUCAUGGGAUGGCACUGUCUCCGGGACCAUCUUUCCCCUGCUUUCGGAUUUGUGGAUCCUUUAAAGGCCAGAACCAUGGAUCUGUUUCCUCACCCAGCACCAGGUGAGGGAACAGAAGCGGGUGGGCAUGUGGAUGCCUCAGUGGGGCAGUCAGGAGGCCUGGCCUCUGCCUCGACAGGAGAUGCCUGAUCACUGGCAUUCACCCCUUGCAAAAACCGGGGUAACAAUAGCUUGCUGCCUACUUGCUGCAGGGAGAUGAGAGGCUUUGCAGAACACUUUGAGCUCCAUGGGGGAAUGCACUAGAGAGCCAGAAAAUGUGAUUAACCAGUGAUAUAAAAAUCCCUUUUUUGUGUUUACCACCACCUGUAUUCCUGUAGACUUUUGUUCUGUGCCUGGGGUGCGUGAAUUCCUACCCCAAACUGGAAGUGGGGAGUGGCAGACAGAAUCACUGUUUCAAGUUAAAGGAUUUCUUUGAGAAUGUAUUCUUGUGCCUGCAAAGAUGGAGUUAUUAUGCUGCAUGACAACUUUUCAACAUUUCAUCUGCAACACCAAGAGAGUUUUCAGUGGCUUGUGCCCCUCUGCCCCCUUGCAAGUGGGGGAUAAGUUCUUUGUCACCAAGCAGGCAAAUUGUUUCCCCAAGAUGGCUCAAAAUACCCAUACCAUGGGAACAGUCUACUAUGAGAGCCUCUGGCGGGUGGCAGAGCCCCCAGGUGGGGUGUUGACAUGGGGGUCCCAUAGACCCCUGGGGGAGCCUUCAGCUGGAAUACCCACGCAGGUCUUCAAGUCCCAAGGGAGUCCUUGUGAAGCAUAACUAAUCCCAUCUCAGGUGGGUGCCUGCUGGCCACUUCAGACUGAGCCACAUUGGCCCCCCAACCUCCACAGUAAGGUUCCCCCCCAGUUCUCACUUCACCCCACCCAGAAAAAUUGGAAGUAUGGAAAGGAUGUUUGCCAGUCUUCCCCGUGGGGGUGCCUGGCUUUAGCCUUCGGCCAGGGGCAUCUUAGCUUGGGUGGUGUUGGCACCAGAUGGACCUGCCAGACUUGGAAGGGUGCUGAGUGGGUUUUCUGGAGUGAACAAGAUGGGGGGGGGACAAAAAAGAGUUCCUUUUAGGGGGUGCUGUCUAGCUUGGCCCUUGAUUGGUUGCAGCUGUGAGGCCACACGUCACCCUGGGGCGUGGCUGGGAGGCUGGGCCCAGGGGACGGACAGACUUGGGACCAUCUGCUGGCUGAUCUUGUGUGUGCCCCAUGGGAGCCCCAGUGUUGUUGCCUGUGACUCCUUGUUGUGACAUGCAGGUGUUUUUAAAAAGUCUGAGCUAUUUUAUCAAUAAAGGAUAUUUUGUAAUAAUC